CGUGCCCGGCGGUUCCGUCUCGUCCUGAGGCCGUCACUUCCCCGGGGCGGGGCCGCGGUCUGAGGCGAGCCCCGGCCCACGGGAGCCGGCGGCGGCAGCGAGCGCGGCGGGCGGCGCUGAGAGGCUGCCGAGGGCAGAGCCAGUCCCCAGCAGCGGGUUUGAACCCCCGGCGUCCGCGGAGGGUCUAUGCAAACAGAAGUGAACUGAUACCUCUGGAGCGUUUAAUUCCAAGCAAGAUGAAGAUCCCCUAUGUACUGCUGAGGUUUCCUCAUUGUUAUCUCUUUAGAAGAAUGUAUUUCAAGAACUUUCACUGCACUUCCAGAUCAGAUUUCCCGUGCAUUGAGUCUCUCACGCCAGUGCGCCAGUAUCAUACAAAAUGGAUGUGUUCAUCAGAGGGUUUGAAGAGAGAUCUGUGUCACCAAGCUGUCCCUGACCAGCAAGCAGAGGGACUCUCUGACAGAGAAAACAGACUCAUAGACAGACUUUACAAUGGACUCAUCCAGGGCCACAGAGCCUGUUUAGCUGAAGCCAUUACACUUGUAGAAUCAACUCAAGCUAGGAAAAAGAAAGUAGCCCAGGUGCUCCUUCAGAAGGUAUUAUCCUACCGCAGGGAACAAGAAAAGUUAAAUCAAGGAAAACCACUUGCCUUUAGAGUGGGGUUGUCUGGUCCUCCUGGUGCUGGGAAAUCAACUUUCAUAGAGUGCUUUGGGAAAAUGCUUACAGAAAGAGGACACAAAGUGUCGGUGUUGGCUGUAGAUCCUUCUUCUAGUACAAGCGGUGGUUCUCUGUUGGGUGAUAAAACACGGAUGACUGAGUUGUCAAGAGACAUGAAUGCAUACAUCAGACCAUCUCCAACCAGAGGGACGUUAGGAGGUGUAACAAGGACCACGAAUGAAGCCAUUCUGCUCUGUGAAGGAGGAGGCUACGAUGUUGUUCUUGUGGAAACAGUAGGUGUGGGACAGUCAGAAUUUGCUGUGGCUGAUAUGGUCGAUAUGUUUAUAUUACUGCUGCCACCUGCAGGUGGAGAUGAAUUACAGGGUAUCAAACGGGGUAUAAUUGAGAUGGCAGAUCUAGUAGCUAUAAAUAAAGCUGAUGGUGAUUUAAUUGUGCCUGCGCGGAGAAUACAAGCUGAAUAUGUUAGUGCUAUGAAGCUGCUUCGCAAGCGUUCAAAGGUUUGGAGACCAAAGGUAAUGCGUAUCUCUGCCAAAACUGGAGAAGGUAUCUCAGAUAUGUGGGAUAAAAUGACAGAAUUCCGUGACCUCGUGCUCACGAGUGGUGAGCUGCUUGCCAAACGACGGAAACAGCAGAAAGUGUGGAUGUGGAAUCUCAUCCAAGAAAAUAUGUUGGAACAUUUCCGGAGUCACUUGGCAGUCAAGGAUAAGAUUCCACUUUUAGAAGAAAAAGUUCUUAGUGGUGUCUUGUCUCCUGGGCUGGCAGCUGACCUGCUGCUGAAAGCAUUCAAAGAUGGUCUCUAAACACUGUAGUAUACUGUGUUCUUGCUACAUUCUUCAUGUAAACAUAAACAUUAAAUACAGUUUUUCUA